AUGGAAAAAUUUUUACUAACAGAAAAACCGGAUAAAAUAACAAUUAUCACUGCAAUGUACACAAGAAUAAAGACUAAUGAAUGGACUGGUAACGAAGACGAGGAGGUUGAAGUAUUUAUCAAAACAAAAGAAAAGAUACUUCAAAACUUGUCUCUAAAAAAUGAAAAAAUACGUAUCGAAAAACUAAAGUCUCUUGAAGAUACCAAACCAGUGGAAAUCGCCGAAUGGAAAAAAGAUGCUAAUGAAAACAUUAGUAAGCUGAAAACUGUCUUGAAACAAUAUAUAGAAUCAAAAGAUGUAUUUAAACGAAGUGCUCGCUCACGUCUCUGUUCCCAACUACUCAAAGAAUUAAGUAAUAUGAGUGCUGAUGAUUUGACAUAUGAUAAUCCAUUAGCAAGUGGCAUUAUUUGUGAUGAAUCCGAAUUAGUCAAAAAGCUGCCACAAGAUUGUCAAGAAGAAUUUCGGAUGGGCAAUUUAGAAAUAAAACUUGAUAGCAAUUCUGAUUUAAGACAGGCUUCUGAAAGUUUAGUAAAGAGCCAUCAAUCAUGGAAAAAGCAAAAGAAAAAACGAUUUGAAAAUAAAGUGGAAUAUGGAAACUUGUUUGAUGAGAGAAAGGAUAUAAUAAAAUUCUCAAGAAGAAUAUCAAAUGCUUUAGAAAAUGUAUGGAGAACACAGCAUUAUGCUAUGAUGGCAAGUGCACUAGAUCAAGUUAACGAAGGCACGUACGUUGCAGAGGUAUUAGCACCUUUGUUAACUGCUACCUUUGCAGAAUUACCAGUUCCCUUCUUAAUUCUCACAUCUUUAAUUAGGGGAGAAGUUGAGAGUCCUUCGAGUAAGGCUCGUAAACAGUUACAUGGAAAUAAGCCAGAUUUCAUGUUACGCGUGAAAAUUGGCGACAAAGAACUUGAAUUAGUUAAUAUGGAAACAGGACGACCAGAAUCGGAUUGGAAGAAACAAUUGUCUGAUCAUAAUAAAUUGGCGCGUAGCGCUAAAGAUGCCUUUGAGGAUUUUUCCAUCAAUGGAAGUGUAAAAAAAUAUGGAUAUGAUGAAUUGACAAAGAUCUUUUGGCGGUAUUUAUCAAUUCAUGUUUUUUCCAAAACCAAAGAAGGAUAUUAUCGUUUUAUUAAGAUGCGUGAAGUUGAGAUUCCGCUGUUUCAAAGCAAGCCUGAGCAAGUUUAUGAACUGAUGCAAUUACUGUUAGAACUGCGGACUGCUGUUAUUAAAACAGUUAGGGUGCUAUUUUAUCGAUACAAGUCUAGACAUUCCAAAAAGCCAAAUAAGGGUACCGUUUAUGGUAUUAAGCAGAUGUUUGUAACAAUAGGAACACCAAAGGUGUUGGCCAUGUUAAAGAAUAAUACGCAUCUUAAUAUCAAAAAUAAUGAACCAGAAAAUUAUCCAACUAAAAGUAGUGCAGAAAUUAAUUUUUCUGCGAAUUACAAAGCGCUUAUAAAAAACUUUGCUAGAGCUAUUCAUGGACGUGGGGGUUUCGUGAUAUUGGUGAAUGCUACGGAUGUAGUUACUAAAGGAUGGAAUGGAAUCAUUGAUUAUCAAAUUGAAGGUACCUGCGAUGAGUGGGUUAAACUUGUUGACAUGGAAUUAUCAGAAAUCGAAAAAAUAACAUUAUCAAAAAAUAAAUUAAAAAAUAAAAGUAAAUUGGACGAUGCAAGUGAAAAAAAACAAGUAGGAAAAAAGAGAAACAGAGUGAAUGUCGAGACAGGCUCAUUGAAAAAAAGAAAAAGAGAUGAAUAG